AUGGAAAUUUUUGAGAUAAGCACAAUAAUGAAAGUGUUGUUUGGAGCAGUUUUGGUGAUUUUGGUUCAUAUUUUGAAUAUUUUGGUGUUGAGUCCAAAAUCACUUAGAGCAAAGCUUCAUAGACAGGGUAUUAAUGGUCCUUCUCCUCACUUCUACUUUGGCAAUAUUCCAGAAAUAAAGAGACUUUUACUCCAAACUCAAUCAUCACAAGAAAACAACAAAGAUUGUGUUUCAACAUCCAUUUCUCAUGACUGGCAUUCUAAUCUCUUCCCUCAUAUUUACAAGUGGAAAAAACAAUACGGUCCCAUUUUCUUGUUUUCUUCUGGGAGCAUACAAUGGUUACUGGUGACAGAUAUAGAUAUGGUGAAGGAAAUUGUCCUACACACGUCUUUGAAUCUUGGGAAGCCUUCUUUUAUGUCCAGAGAUAAUAGGCCACUCCUUGGACAAGGUAUAUUAUCAUCAAGUGGUCAAUAUUGGGCUCAUCAAAGGAAGAUAAUUGCCCCUGAACUGUACCUAGAGAAAAUGAAGGCAAAGGUCAAUAUGAUAAUGGACUCAACAAAUGGACUACUAAGAUUAUGGGAUACCAAAUUGAAAAACCAUGGAGACAGUUUAGAGAUUAAAAUUGAUCAAGACUUGCGAAACUUAUCAUCUGACAUAAUUGCAAAAGCUUGUUUUGGAAGCAAUUAUGUUGAAGGAAGAGAAAUAUUCACAAAGCUUAGAGAACUUCAAAACGUCAUUUCCAAGAUAUUUGCUGGAAUUCCAGGCUAUAGAUAUUUGCCAAACAAAACCAAUAGACAAAUGUGGAAAUUAGAAAAAGAGAUAAACUCCAAGAUAUCAAACCUCAUAAAGAAACGCCAAAACAAUGCUCGAGAUGAACAAGAUCUCUUGCAAAUGAUACUCGACAGCGCAAAGAAAUGCAAAAGUGCAUCAUGGUGCUUAAUGUUGUUAUCUACACACCCUGAUUGGCAAGAUCGUGUUCGCGCCGAGGUGCUUGAAGUUGUUGGAAAAGAUGGUAAUAUAGAUGCAACUAUGCUUAAAAGCUUGAAAAUGUUAACUAUGGUGAUUCAAGAGACAUUGAGGCUUUAUCCACCAGCGUCAUCGGUUAAUCGAGAAGUUUUCAAAGACAUUGUUUUCAAAGGCCUAUUAGUUCCGAAAGGGAUGAAUAUUCACAUUCCAAUGCCGAUUUUGCAUCAAGACUCGAAGCUUUGGGGGGAUGAUGCACAUGAAUUUAAUCCGGAAAGAUUUGCAAAUGGAGUGCAAGGAGCAUGCAAGAUUCCACAAGUUUACAUGCCAUUUGGAAUGGGGUCUCGUGUAUGUGUAGGACAGCAUUUGGCCAUGGUUGAGUUGAAGGUGAUGUUGUCUCUCAUUCUGUUGGAGUUUCGGUUUUCAGUGUCGCCGAGUUAUCGUCAUUCGCCUUCCUUCCACAUGCUUAUUGAGCCCGGUCAUGGAGUUGUUCUCAACAUGACAAAAGUCUGA